AUGCCCUUGAGCGCAGAAAUUGGAAUGAGAGCAGCUAAACCAACAGGAACACCUAUAGAUGUUAAUGUCAAAUUAACAUCAAGAGAGUAUGAUCAAUAUGUGAAGAAAAUGCAAGAAGCUGCUGAUGAUCCCUUGAUAGAUCAGGUCAGCUAUCAAAAACUUGUAGGAAAACUCUUAUAUCUCAAUAUGACAAGACCAGAUAUUUCUUUUAGCACUCAGAUAUUAAGUCAGUUCCUGAGCCAACCAAAAAAAUCCCACAUGGAAGCUGCACUAAGAGUGGUGAGAUACUUAAAGAAGCAAUCUGGACAAGGAAUACUACUGUCCAACAACUUAGGUCACAAAAUUACUGCAUUUUGUGAUGCUGAUUGGGCUUUUUGUCCACUUACCAGAAAAUCUGUAACAAGGUACAUGAUUAUGAUUGGAAAGUCCUUAGUUUUGUGGAAAGCCAAGAAGAAAACCACAGUAUCAAAGAGUUCAACUGAGGCUGAGUAUAAGAGCAUGGCCUCCAUUGUGUCAGAGUUGGUGUGGCUGCUUGGAAUGCUGAAUUAA